AUGCGUAUCCACGAGAUUGAAAUUGAUCACAAUCUGGACACAUUUAGCACAUCCAGCACACAUACCAGGCCUAGCCCCGCACUCACUCCGCUGCCCUACACGCCCACCGCCACCAGCUUCAUCACACCCAGUGCAUCCUUCACGCCCAGCACACUCAGCCCUACUCACACCACGUCGCCCAGCGCGCCCACCACCACCAUCACCAUGGCUGAUACUGACACCGCCUCCUCAUGUCCACACUGCCCCCACACAUUCAUCUCGCGCAGCGGCCUGGCCGGUCACUUGUGA